AUAAAUACCCAUGCCAUCUUCCUUUUUUUAUGCACAGAACUCUUUCUUCAUUUCCUUUCUAGACAGCUCUUUCUCGGAGUUUGGUUCCUUCCAAAAAGCUAGAGUUAUCCACAGCUUCAAGGGCAACAUGUCGUAUAUCAAUGGCUGUUAUAACAUAGGCAACCUGGUAACAGGAUACGUCGGGAGUGGCACUGAAUUUAAGCCCAUGUUUGGAUGCAAAGGACAGGGUGCAAAGGACAGGGUGUAUGAGGUGAUUAAGUUCGGGCCUUAUGGAGGCAACAAGGGAAUUAUUUUCGAUGACGUCAUUGACAAGGUGAAGGAAUUGGUGAAGGUGAAGAAAUUAACAAUAUUUACCGAUAAUGGUAUUAUCAAGUCCUUCGAAAUUGAAUAUGAAUAUAAAGGAAUCUCAAAACCGAUUAAGCACGGUGGUGAGGGCGGAACAGCUUCUGAGCCGGCAAAGCUAGGGGAUUCGGAGUGUCUGAUCUCAAUGACAGUGUGUGUUGGAAAGAGUGGUGAUGAUGAUGUUGUGACAAGUCUUACAUUCAAAACCAAUUUGGGUAAUCAAUUUGGACCAUAUGGUAAACCAACUGAAACUUCUUAUACAUCCCCAACAGGUCAUGGCAAUAUCAUUGGGUUCUUUGGCAGAAGUGAUGAAUAUGUGAACCAGAUUGGAGCAUAUUUUUUGAAAGAGAUCAAGCCAUAGUUAAAAUUUGGACAUGAUCGAUCAUUGGUUUCUUUAUAAUUAAUAUUAUAAUAAAUAAACUGCAUUCCAUGGGAUCGAUGGAUGCAGUUUUCUGUGUUGUCCUUGAAGCUUGCUGAAAGUGUGGUUCAAUAAAAUAUGCGUGUAUUUUGUGUAA